AUGGAGGAGUCGACAGAACAAAAACGGUGGAGGGAUCCGUUCGCUGGAGAGCCACCCAAUGACCCAACCCGCACUCUACAGGUGAUUGCAGCUGGAUUGCCUCGCACGGGGACAAUUUCGCUCACACUCGCUCUGUCGUGGGCUUUGCACGGCGAUGUCUGCCAUGGAGGUUCAGCUUGCCUGAGAGGGAAAGAGCAUAUCAUCAAAGGAUGGACGAAAGUCUUGGACCCAGGAAAAAACGUCUCGCAGGAAGAAGUCGAUGACACGUUGAAGGAAUUGUUAGCUGGAUAUGUUGCCACUACCGAUGCUCCAGCGAUAUUCUUUGUCGAAGAACUUGUUCGAUUGUAUCCAGACGCAAAGGUCAUUUGUACAGUUCGCGAGCCCAACCGAUGGUGGGAGAGCUACCAGGAGCUCAUCAACACACUUGACAAUCCGUUGUUCAUCCUUCUACAGCUGGUUCAGCCAACAUUGAGACCCUUUCAAUCAGAUUUCAUGGAGAUUCACUCGGAUUAUCUAAAGCGAGUCGUGCCAGAGGACCGAUUGCUGUUCUUCAACAUGAAGGACGGCUGGGAGCCGCUGUGUAAAUUCCUGGACGUCCCAGUGCCUGAAAAGCCAUUCCCCCAAGUCCACGACAGAGCUUCGAUGAAGUCUAGCUGGGCACCAUACUGGUGGAGAGGUGCUGCAAUUUGGUUGGGCAUAUUGGCAACGGGUUAUGGGCUGAGCAAGGCUGUAUCUUACGCUAGAACACAUUAUUAG